CCAGCCUUCCAUCCUCCCUCUCUCCUCUCGCCAUCGUCGUCGUCGUCGGUUUUCCUCGACCCCUCCUAACCUUAAUUUAGAUGACCCAAGCAAGGUCUUGAGUCACGUGAGGAAAAUGUGCAGGAAUGGUGGUGUGUUUUCGAGCGUCGGCGAUGCCCAGCGUUGCUUCGUUGCAAUGAUGAAGACGCACCCUUUGCCUUCCCCCCGGGAUUUCAGUCUUCUGUUGGGUGCUGUAGUGAGGAUGAAGCACUACUCGAUUGCCAUCCGCUUUGAUUGAGCAGCUGCGUUCGUUAGGAGUUGAAGAUCAUAUUUGGUUAAAUAUUUCGUUGAAUUGCUUCUGUCGGUUAAAGCGGAUCGAUUUGGGUUUGUCUAUCCUGGGCAGAAUCUUGAAGCUUGGGUUUCCCAUCGAUGUGGUGGCUUCGAGUACCUUAAUUGAUGGUCUCUUUAUUCCGGGCAAAACUGAGCAAGCGUUGAGGUUCCUCGAUGAUAUGGGGCGAAAUGGCCCCGAACCUAAUGAGACCACGUAUGCCAUAAUCGCAAAGGGGUUAUGCAGGGCUGGUAACACUAGAUUGGCGAUUGAAUUGCUGAUGGACUGGGAAGAGAGAAGCUGCAGCAUCAAUUCCUUCGCAUACAACAUAGUGAUCGAUGGUCUUUGCAAGGAGGGAUUGGUCACAGAGGCGUUGAGACUCCACGGCAUUAUGAGCAAGAAAGGCAUCGAACCAGAUGUUGUUACUUAUAACUCCUUGAUCCACAGUAUGUGUGAUGUGGGCCAGAUGGAAGAUGCUCUGGCAUUGUUGGAAGAGAUGACGAGCAGAGGCAUCCAACCCGACAGAUUCACUUAUAACUCAUUGGUCCAUUGCUUAUGCAACCGAGGCCAAUGGAAAGAUGCUAUGGUCUUGUUGGAGAAGAUGAUGAAAGCAGGAAUCGAACCGGACGUCGUUACUUAUACCUCCGUCAUUCAAGGAGUUUGCAAUUCCGGCCAUUUGGAAGAGGCUCGAAGACUGCUGAGUCAUAUGGUGCAAAGCAGAGUCAUGCCUAACGUUCUAACCUUCGGUAUCCUGGUGGAUGCACAUUGUAAAGAGGGAUUGCUUGUAGAGGCAGAGGCCAUAGUCGACCAGAUGAUUCAAUUAGGUAAAAUGCCUAAUAGUGUCGCUUAUAAUGCAUUGUUGAAUGGUUAUUGUUUGCAAAAUAGGAUGAAAGAUGCAGUGGAAGUGCUUAAUUUGAUGGUUGAAAGAGGCUGCUCACCUACUGUUGUUACUUAUAACACCUUGAUUAACGGAUACUGCAAAGCGAAAAGAAUGGACAAGUCAAAGAUGCUUUUCCAAGAAAUGCUCCAAAGGGGCCUGAUUCCUAAUGUCAUAACAUACAGCACUCUCGUGGACGGAUUUUGCAAGGUUGGGAACCUUGAAGCUGCAGAGGAGUUAAUUAACAAGAUGCAGUCUCGCGAUCUCUCUCUAAAUCAUUAUAUCUUGAAUUCUUUCCUGGAUGGCUUAUGUAAAAUGCAGCAGAUUGACAAGGCCAUGAUAUUACUUCAAAAGAUGGAAGAUUCCAAAUUUGUCCCAGACAUCAUGACUUACAGUAUCCUAAUAAAUGGCAUGUGUAAUGCCGGAAAGCUCGACGAUGCAAUAGGGCUGUUUGAUUGUUUGCAUGCUCGAGGGUUGCAACCUGAUGUGUGGAUGUAUAGUAUUGUCAUGUGUAGAUUGUGCAAAGGAGGACGCACGGAGGAAGCAUAUCAGCUGCUAAAGGAGAUGCAAGGAAAUGGAUGCCUUCCAAAUGGUGUCACUUAUAACACUAUCAUCCAAGGACUACUAAGAAGUAAAGAAAACAGGAGAGCAGCGCAACUUGUCGGUGAAAUGAUCGAAAGGGGUUUUUCUGCAAAUGUAGGGACGAUGGAGUUGUGGGUUAAAUAUCUCGUGACAACUAGAACUUCUUCCUCUUCUGGCUGAUCUCUCAAUUGUGUUUGAGAUCUGUCCACUUUUUCAUCUGGAAUGUGAUAAAUUGUAAAACAGAUAAACGGCAAGUUUUCUUUGUCACAUCAUCCCAUGGAGUCGCAUGUGCCAUUUAUCAAGUUGUUUUUAAGUCCAGGGGAUUAUUUCUCUUGCUUCAUUAUAAGGCUUUUGGAGGGGUGUAAGGUAGAUUUUGUUUGUCAUAUAGCUGGGUAGUGUGGGGAAUUGCUGUAUUUAAGUGGUACACGUACUUGUCAGUUAGUGCUUCUGUUGCCUAAUAUUUAUCAAACAGCUGAAAUUCAUGCCAAUGAUCAAGCGGUGCGAGGAUGCUCUUGCAUUAAAUAGAUGUUAAUAGCAGUAACUUUUCAAUGUACUAAAGUGGUGCAAUUCAGAUGUUAAUAGCAACCACUUUACCAUGUGCUAAA